CCGUCCGGUCCUGACUGAUAGUUUUGGAGGGAGGUCCGCCAUGGCGAAACGACACAAGCGGUUCCUGCUGACCUGCGGAGGCGCGCUCGGCCUCUGCUGCGCCCUGGCGGCCGCCGUGGCCACAGGCCUCCCGCUUUGGAUCGACGGGACCGUGCUGUGCAGAACCGGGGCAGAACUAGUCAACGCCACCGGAGCCGAGCUGGACAAGUUCGUGGGCCGCCUCGCGUACGGACUCUUCCACGGGGAGAGAGUGAAGACAUGCGGCCUGGGAGGGAGAAUUUCCCGUUUCUCAGUCUUUUCAGAGCUGUUGGACGCCGUCCCGGCAGGUCUUCACGUGACGAUCAUCUUUUUCUGCGCGGCACUGAUCGUCUUCUCGUCCGUGGCAAGCGGUUUCUUCUUCUUCAAUGCCUUUGGCCGACCUUACGAGACGCUGCACGGUCCUCUGGGACUUUACUUGUGGACGUCCAUCUGCUGCCUGUGCAGCGUCCUGGUUCUGAUCCUGUUCGUGUCUGAGGUGAAAGUCCAUGGUCUGUCAGAGCGCAUUGCCAACUUUAAGGAAGUGGCAUUCGUCUUCCAGACGUACCGUGAGCGUUAUGACAUUUCCUUCUGGCUCUUCCUCCUGGUCUUCCUCCUCCAAGGAGUCAACGUGGCGCUGAUCCGACUGGCCGGGAUGCAGUUUCCCUUCCAGGGGACCAAAGACUUGGACCUGAGUGGGGGAGCGGCAGAUCUCAUGUACUGACUGACCGCACAAUAUCACAAUUUGGUGAUGUCAACAUUUUUCUGAAAUUGCCACAAAUACAUGUGGCUCCGCCAGCUCGCCCUUGCUCAUCAACACGUAAGGAACCUGGUUUGCCAGAGAAGAAGAGGAUGGAGCAGGAGGGAUCAGUGUUGCCAACUGAAUGGUUUUGCCUUUCUAGAUAAUAGCAACAGAGCUAGUGAAGAGACUUUGGCUCCUCCCAAUCUAAAAAGCACUCACAGGCAGCUCUGUCUUGAGUGUGACAUUUCAAAAAUACAAAAAAAAUUGGACUUCUAAACAUAUUUCUUUUGCUUUUCAGGUUUUUCCGUACUCACAAUACAAAGUCGACGAUUACAUCAUUAUGUCAUACUCCGCCCACCACUUUCACAAAUACUAGAUUACAGUCCUGUGGGUAACACUGGGAGUCCAAUUUCACAGCUAACUAGUUAGCAUCACAGGCGAGAAAGAAUACUGAUGACUAAAAACAGGGGUGUCCAAAGUGUGGCCCGGGGGUAGAAGAAUAACAUCAAAAUAAUAAAAGUUAUACUAAUAAGAGAAUAAGUGUUAACCCUUUAUAGGGCACUCACUGAAAUACUUAGAAAUUUAAAAAUUCAAUCCUUGAGUUUUAUCGGGGGCUAUAAGAAGACAUUUUUUUCUCUUUUUACUUUUUAAAAAGGUUUCAGGUUUUGGGUGCAAAUCAAGAUCAAAGAAGUUACCAUAUACAGUUCCUUGCCCAUUUAGGGUAUGGAAAAGGGACAGGUCAAACUGCACAAGGUGACAUCAACAGAGGUCCUGUAGUUAGAGUGACUGUGAUCAACUUAUCAUGGUUAGUUUUUAUGUUUGGGCCGAGAGCGUCGGGCCCCAAGCGUCAGAAAAUUGCAAUUUUCAACUUCUGAAUGAAGAAGGAAGUUUGAUACUCUCUGGCUCACUCCUGAUUGAUCACAGCCCAUGAUGUCACUUCCGGUGACAUUGUCUGAUCUUGGCUGAUUGGCAUGAGAAAGUCACAUGACUCUGUUGCCUUGCUGAGACAUGGGGGAAACCCUGUUUUUUAAGUGACCAUAUAUGGUUACUUGCCCUAUAAAGGGUUAAGAGUGUCUGAAAGUGAAAGUGAGUGAAAGUGGUCUUGCUUUACAGUAAGGUACACAGAAAUACAGUAGUUACUGAGGAACUAAUGAUUAAGGGCCAUUCAGGGACAUUCAACGAGGAAGUGAUGAGUAGCAGUUAUUUAGGAUUAGGUACUGUAGGUUUGUUCCUCAUUAACUACUGCAAUUAUGUACACCUUAUUGUAAAGUGUUACCAAUGAAGUCAUAUUCUUAAGAAUAAUGCAAUAUCAUGAGGGAAAAAAUGAUCUGAGAAACAAAGUUGAAUCAUUCAAGACAAAAAUAAUGUUGCAAAGUCGGAAUAUUGUGAGAAAAAAACAAAACAAAGAAUAAAUGUGCAAUUAGGUUGGGUAAAAGUAUAUAUAUUCGGACAAGAGUGAAGAAGAGUGAAAAAAAAUACAUAUAAUAAUACAAAUAAAUUUACAAAAAAGUGUUUGUAAGGGGGGAAAGCUCAUAUUAAGAAUACCUACAACACAAAGCUUUAGGUAGAGGCUAAAAUAUAUUAAACUUGUUAGCAUUUACAUCAGUUGGAAAUGGUCCCCGUAUUUCUUGAUGUUUCAGUACACGGCCCUCGGUGUGUUUGGGUACCCCCGAUUUAAAGUAUGAAUACUCCCAUCUUAAAGCGAUACCUUCACGGACCUCAAGACAAGUCACAUAGCAUGUUAGCCAUGACAAAGCCAGGAAACCAUGGACAGAAGAUGAUCUCAUAUUCAUAGAUCUCUUUUCACUGGUCUAAAAUUGUAAAUAAUUCAUUUUUCAAGGUCUGGUGGCGCUAUCUGCAGGGGUGGGGAGAAAAAAAAUGCUGCAGCUAUAAAUCCGGCAGCUAUAAAGUCAAUGCACUCAACAUUUGAUGAGUUGAGAAGACGUGAUGUUGUGCAGCCGAAUGUUUACUGUAUGGUGUAUGCCUGUAAUUGUUUCUUAGUAAAACUUAAUGUCAAAUAUGUUUUUUAACAUGUUACGUAUAAGGUGAAAAAUAGGGCUUUUUAUGGGUGCAUCCAUUACUCACAUUUUAUGUACUGUAUGCUGUACAUAUCCAAAACAUGUGAAGAUUGUUAGAAUAAAAAUAUAUGCACAAGUGACUAUUCAUCUUUGGUUGGCUGUAUAGAAUUGGACAUGUCACCUACUGUACUUUUGUAAAAAAAAAACAAAGAAAACCAA